CAGAGGGAACAUUUCCUUGUUAAUCAAAAUUAACGAAGUUAGUAACAAUGUAAUCUUGUUUCCACGAUGGAUAUAAGGAUAGUGUUUUUCGUCAUCUGUGCCUAUUUUAUGAUACACUGUCCUGCUCAAGCACCUGUCAAAGAGGUACACAUAUCUGGAGACUUCGUUUUGGGAGCUUUGUUUCCAAUACACGGCUCCAAAGACGGAACCUGUACGUCACAGGUCAACGAACAAGAUGGAAUCCAGAUUUUGGAGGCCACCAUUUUUGCUAUCAGUGAAGUGAACACUUAUCUGAAAGGAAAAGGAUUUAGUUUGGGAUUACUAGCCAGGGAUUCCUGCUACGAUACAAAUAUAGCACUAGAAAACGCACUGGAGUUUGCACAGAAGCGAUAUAACUCUCAGUCAAAUAGGUUUGAGAACUGUACCUAUUCUUCGACAGAUGCCAACAACAUCAUAGGUGUAAUUGGUCCCCCAAGAAGCAAGGAAACAGUAGACGUAGCAAAGCUACUCACGUUGUUCAAAGUUCCACAGAUCAGUUACUUCGCCACAACCCCGGAACUGAGCGACAAUGUUAAAUACAAAUACUUCAAGAGGACUGUUCCAUCUGACACUUUCCAGGCCAAAGCAUUAGUCAGUAUAAUGCGGUCUUUUGAUUGGCAAAAUGCCAGCAUACUCUACGAAGACAGUAACUAUGGAAUUGAAGGAUACACUGAGAUCAGGGCUGCCGCAGGGGAUGCAGGGAUAUCUUUGGGAUUCGAUAAAAAAGUUAAAGAAUCAAGCAAUGAGGAUGAAUUGGAAAAAAUCGUGGAAGAUUUGAUGAAAAAGAAAAUCACAAACGGAAAAGUCGUCGCCAUUUUAUUCAUGCAAUAUGACCUGGCAUACAGAAUAAUGGAGAUGGUAGAUAAAUUGUAUAAUAGUUCUGACGUCAUUUGGGUCGGAGGUGACGCAUGGAUAGGAAGGGAGCCACCUAGCGGUCACACAAAAAUUAUUGAAGGAGCCAUAGGGAUAAGUCCUGAAACGAGAAAAUAUCCAGGGUUUGCCGAGUACUUCAAAAAAAUAAAUAUAAGUAACAGUCCUAAUCCCUGGUAUGGUGAAUACUUAAAACAACGGUACGGCUGUUCUUUAACUGACAAGAAGAAUAGCUGCUCUGACAUGCCAAUCAGAGAUUUCAGAGAACUGUUAACAGCCUACAAUGUCCGAAAUGCUGUAUACUCUUUUGGGAGAGCCCUGGAAAAUAUUCACACCUUACUCUGUGGAGAAAAGAGAAGUUUAUGUCAGUCAAUGAAAGCUAAUCUUACAGGAGAACUCAUACUCCAACAUUUGUCCAACGCAUUCAAUCCAUUCAACACGAGCUUCCAUUUUGUAAAUUGUGAUGAUGGUCCCAUCCGAUACAGCGUGUUACAAUACAAGAGGCAGCAAAAUGAUUAUAGAUGGAUUGAAAAAGGAAAUUGUUAUGGAAAGGUAUUGAUCAGGAAAACUAUGAACGGUUCUGAGUAUACCUCCUCCGUGUGUUCCCAGCCUUGUAAGAAAGGUCAGUAUCGGAGCAGAGGCGAGGUUUGUUCAUGGGAGUUCAAGGACUGUGACUUCACAGGUACGUUAAGGCUUCCCAGAAAAUAUUGCAUUGUACUCUGUGUAGGGGGUUCAGGUAAUCCGACAUAGCUAUGUAAUCGGUGCCAUUUGAACACUCAAUUUAUUGGAGUUUAAAAACGUAAUGUAUUUCAUUAUUAUUCGUACUUAAUUUAUAAUAACAUUUUUUUCUACCUUGAACUUUCGCAUGUUGUGUGCUUUAGUGUCAUUUUGCAAAGUUUGUAUUAAAAAAAUAGCAGGAUCAAAGUUGGGUUAAAAUUAGAUGCGAGAUAUCCCCUUUGAUGCAUGGCCCUAUAAUUUUAUCUCCUUUAAGUUGAUAGCGUCAGUUUGAUUGGCUUUUCAUCAGGCGAUUUUUAAGGAAUGAAUGACAUUGACGUAUCACAGGAACGCUUACAUUUUGAGGAUCAACAUGGUUAUUACUGCAUCAU